AUGGUAGGUGAGAAGGAAGCUGAGAGGAGAGUUUUGAUGCUGGUUAACCCUAAUAUGGAAUCGCCCUACACAACGGACACCAUCUACGGCGGACUACAAAUCGUUAACCCCGGCGAGACUGCUCCGGCGCACAGACACAUCGCUUUUGCCCUCAGAUUCAUCAUUGAUGGUGAGGGCUUCACGGCUGUUGAGGGGAAAAAGAUGCGCCUCCAGCGUGGCGACGUCGUCGUUACGCCGACGUGGCACUGGCACGACCAUGGAAAUGAGAGCGACGCUCCCAUCAUCUGGCUCGACGCUCUCAACUUGCCGCUCUUCAGGUUCACUCCAGUUCAUUUUGCAGAGCAAUAUCACGAGAGCCGCUACCCUAGCAUAUUGACUGACCCCUGCGAAUGGAGACAUCCUUGGGAAAAGGUUGAAGUCGAGCUAAAGGCUCAAGAAGGGCCGUACGCCAUCUAUCAUUACACAAGCAACGGCAAGCCCUUGUCACCUAUUCUCGGAGCGCAGGCCGAACGUAUUGAUGGAAACUACACCACAAAAGAGGUCUGCGAGCAGGCUUCGUUUCUCUAUCAUUGUUAUAAAGGACAGGGGCAGACAAUUGUUGAGCCUCCUUCGGGUCCUCGUGUAGUCUUCAAGUGGUCCGCGCGAGACACCUUUGCCGUGCCGGCGUGGUCCAAGAUCCAGCACUUUAACAAAGAUUCCACUACGGCUUAUCUUGUCGCCGUUAGCGAUAGACCAUUACUCAGUAGCAUUGGGCUGAUCAAGCCGCACUCAUAG